GCAGCCACAGUUUGGGGAUAAACCCAAGCGGAAGCGGCCAGCCAGCUGAGAACAGCAGCCAUGGCGCCUCCCGUCUCCUCCCUGUCCCCAAUGGCGUCCAGCCCAAUCCCGUCGCCGCAGCUCCCCAAGCCCAGCAGAAGGACGGUCGCCGUCGCGCCCUGCAGCUCCGCCUCCUCCUCGCCGUCUACCACCUCGUCCCCUCCGUGCCACGCCGCCGCGCCUCAGGCGGCGUCGGCGGGUCGGAGGGGGAUGCUGGCGCUGGGCGCGGGGUUCCUGGCCUCGGCCGCGCUGCUGGGUCCGGCCGGGGACGCCGGGGCGACGCGCAUCGAGUACUACGCGACUGUCGGGGACAAGCUCUGCGACCUGAACCUCGUCAAGUCGGGGCUCGCGUACUGCGACGUCGAGGUUGGCACCGGCGCCCAGCCCCCGCGCGGCGAGCUCAUCAAUGUGCACUACACUGCAAGAUUUCCUGAUGGUACAGUGUUCGACAGCACCUACAAGCGCGGCAGGCCACUGACAAUGCGCAUCGGCGCAGGCAAGAUCCUCCGUGGGCUUGAACAGGGAAUCAGUGGCGGUGGAGGUGUGCCGCCCAUGCUUGUUGGUGGAAAGCGCAAGCUUAUGAUACCUGCAACUCUGGCGUACGGGCCUGAACCAGCAGGCUGCUUCUCAGGAGAUUGCAACAUUCCUGGAAACUCCACACUUCUAUAUGACCUUUUCCUCGUCGGGAUUUACAAGUGAGCAUCCGAUGAGAUGACAAGGAACAUUCAGGAAUUAUAACAGACAAGAGUAAAAAUUAUCGUUUCCUUACCCGGAACACGUGGUGAGUUUCAGGCAGACGUCUAUCCUGCAGAUGAAGAGAACGGUUCCUGGAACACGUGAUGCCAAUGCGGCAGAUGAAGAGAACGCUUCUGGCAACACUCGCGAAAGCUUGUGAAUAACAUUUAUUCUACUCUCUUACAUAGCCGAUGGGCAACUUGAACCUGGCCUUGUAACAGAUUAUCAUCAUGGAGCUUUGUAAAGAUCAUUCAGUCAUACAGUUGUUAUAGCAGUUUAGUACAGUCAAACUGUCAAAGCGACCAAGUUCUCCGAGGUGUGCUACAGUUACUUUGCAGGACCUCAAGCCGUAAUGGAAUUGUGAAUUUGCGCCA